AUGGCUUCUGCUCCAACAUUAGCUCCAUCGUCGAAGGGGACGACUAAUUAUGCAAGAUUAUGUCGCCUUUUAGUAGAUGGAGGUACCAAGGCGUUGAGGUACACCUUUGACAAUUUCCACUCCCCAGCAAACCUGUUUAAUGUUUUGAAAGCUGGUUCUGCAGAUCAUUUAACUCUGCAGUCCAUUUAUAGAAGAAGAAUCAUCAAUGCUACACAGUGGGGUAAACUGUAUCCCUCUCCUCCUUCGUCAGUAACAUCAAUUGACUUUGACAUCACGUUACUGAUGGUGCUACUGAGGAACAUCUGUGGUCUGACUGCUCCUGUCACAGGCUGGGACAGUCUGCCACCUGCUUCAGACACCAGUGUUGAGGCUAACAUAGCCAGAGUGAAGUACUAUAGGAACUCGGUCUAUGGACAUGCCAGCCAGGCGUCCGUGGACGAUCCAACAUUUAAUUCCUUGUGGCAGGAUGUAAGUGCCGCACUGGUUUUACUGGGUGUAGAUGCAGCUGCUAUCACAAAACUAAAAACUGAGACUAUUGAUCCAGACACGGAGACGCAUUACCGAGAGCUGUUAAAGGAGUGGAAGAAAGACGAAGAUAACAUUAAGGACCAACUUGAUAGAAUAGAAGGUAUUAUAAGUAGUGUCUUGGGUAAAUAAGUGUCCUCUUUCUGAGCUUCAAUAUACUAUUACAACUUCUAAAACGAAUGUUUUAAGUUUUAUUAAGGAUAAUUAGAACGUUUAUUUUUAUAUUUGUACUUUUGCAGCAGUACUUUUAUUCGCAGCAUGUCCCUUGUGGGUCACAGUAGCUACUCUCUCCAGAUGAAAAAAGAUGCAGCCUUUCAAACCUAGCAAGCACGCGGGAAAAUGCCCUAACAUUUUAGUAGGAAGAAUUUCAUAACCGCUAAUAUAAUAUUUGCUUCUCACAAAUUCAAGAGGCCUGCUAAAAGUGGAGUGAAUCCGUAAUAAAUACUAAACAAUAAGAAUGGGCUAUGGGCGGGGUAAAAGCUUCGAAUUGGACAAAAGAAAUUUGUCGCCUACGAAGGAAACAUUCUCUAACUAUAAACUGUCAUCGGAAGGACUAUAAGCAAUUCCAUUUAACGUCUGAAUACUGAGAAGACGGCCAUUAACAAGCGCGAAUUAUUUCAACUGAUACGAUUUUAACUUGUCCUCAAUAAAAGUUCUUGAUGAAAGCCUAAAUUUGCUUAGUUUAUUCUUCUCCCUUGCAGAUAGAACAAGAGAAGACCUAAGAGAGAUAAAAAACAAGAUAGAAAAUAUCAGUGAAAACUUAAAGGCUUUAAAGGAAUCUCCGACCCGCGAGGAAGGUCAGUUUCCCCUAACUGUAGCCCGCUGUUUAAGGCCAAUAUUCUUGAUCGAUCAGUGACCAUUUGUCUGUAUCGCUCUUGACUUCCACAAUAACAAUUCUGAUCCAGACAGGAAUUCCUCAAGAAGAUCCCAUAGUGCUGCAAUUUAUUCAUUUGCGUUCAAUAAAAAUUGUGAUUCUCUCAGCGAGUGACAUAACAGAUGGCAUACCUUGAACUAGAAGGAAACGUCGUAGGCUGUUUAUAGAUCCCUGCUAGAAUGCAUGGCGGCUAUCUUGGUUUCGAAUGUACCGAGGGGUAGUUCAAGUUUGUUUUAAUUUGUAGCAGGUGUUUUUGUUUUGCAGCAGUAUUUUUAUUCGCUGCAUGUCCCUUCUGGGUCACGGUAGUUACUUUCCCCAGAUGAAAAAAGAUGCAGCCUUUCAAACCCAGCAAGCAGGAGAGAAAAUUUAGUAGGAAGAAGUUCCUAACCACCAAUAAAUAUAAUUGCCCUGCUUCUCACAAAGUCAAGAGGCCUGCUAAAAGACUGCCUUUAAAUAAAAAAAGUGGGCUUUUGUUAUGUUUCUUGUCCUUACUGAAAGGACCCCUCACAGCAGCUGUAGUAUGGGAUAUUUUACGCUUUCUUUAAACGGUGCACAUAGCCAGGAGGGAUACUAAUUAAUAAAAGGUCCCUUUUUUUUGCAAAUCGCCUUCUCCUAGCAUGGUUCUACAGGUCGUUCUAUUCAUUUGUCUUACGGACUUUGAUAGCAGCAAACCAAACUGUUUAAAACAAAUAUCUAAAACAAAGUUUGGUUCUUGUUUAUUCUCGACAGUUGGUUUGGUUACCAAGCAUAUUGAAAUCAUUCGCCAGAAGUACAAACGUCAUGAGGGGUGGCUUGCGCCCUUUCCUUGGUGCGAAGACUUUCAGUUCCAACUAAGCGAUAUUUAUACACGGCUUCGUAUGGUUAGCAGGGAGAAAAAAGCGAGAGCGACAGCGCAGCAAAGAGUUGUUGAAACGACUGAAAUCUUCAAUCCCCAAGAAGAAUGCAAACAACCUAGAAAAGUAUUGAUUGAAGGAAUGCCAGGUAUGGGAAAGACGACAUACUGCAAUAAGGUUGCUUACGACUGGGCAAUCAACAUCAAAAACGAAGGAGAUUGCUUUCCGGAAUUCGAUUUGGUGCUUUUGCUGAAAUGCCGUGAUGUUGAGAUCGAAUCCGACCUUUGGGGAGCCAUUGACGAUCAGCUUUUGCCAGGGGAAAUUCAACGAAAGGAAAAAGAGGAAUUCUUUGAGUUCAUUCGGCAAAAUCAAUCAAAGGUUUUACUGAUACUUGACGGAUUAGACGAGUUACCUUCGAGCAAACUGCCGGAAUUUACCGACAUCAUAGAAGGUAAAUUGCUUCCUCAAUGUCACCUUGUGGUUACAGCGCGACACGAGGCAGGGAUACCUAUGAGAAAGGUUUGUGACACUCUGCUAGAGAUUGAAGGUUUCACUUAUCAAGAUAGCAAAGAAUUUAUUCUCAGAUAUUUUGCCGGCAAGGAAGAUUUGGCCGAAAAGCUAUUGGAUAAAAUAAAGAAUGAGAAAAGGCUUAAAGAGAUGACAGUGAAUCCAUUAAACACUGCACUGCUUUGCCUUCUUUGUGAAGACUUUCAAGGUAUUUUACCUGAAAGUAGAACUCAGUUGUAUGUGGAAGUAGUACAAUGUGUUCUUAUCAGAUACAGGAAAAAGAAAGGUCUUCCAGUCGAAAGUGAUCAGGAUUUGAUUGAAAUCUACAAAGAUCAGUUGAAACGUUUUGGCUUGAUAGCCUUAAACGGCCUGAAUGAAGACAACAUGUACUUUGAGGACAAAAAGCUUUCAAAGAAAGAUGUCGACCUUCCUGGAUUUGGGUUUCUGUCAGCUCAACCUGGAAGCAGCAAACGAAGACCGUGUAUGUGCUACGGCUUUACGCAUAAGAGUUUCCAAGAAUUCUUCGCGGGACAUUAUCUUUGUUGCCUGCUUGUUAGCAAAGAAACCAGUCCUGAAAUAUUGGUCACUGACACAAGAUAUUUCCGAGAGCUAAGAGAGGUAUUGAAAUUUACCUGUGGUCUGCUUGCGGUGAGGUCUAAAGAAAGCGUAGUAGCCCUUAUUAACUGCAUAGCGAAUGAGGUAAACAAAGCCGACGUGAAAGAAGAAUGUUUACCUGUUGCACUUGAGUGCAUCAAAGAAUGCAAAAUUGAAAACAGUUAUUUUCAUAUAGACUUGGCACAUACAUUUGGCGCAUGUCUGGAAGUCCAACAAGCUCGGGCGCGGAACCGUGGAGUUACAGAUGACGCUGCUGCUGCUGUGCUUGCUGCUGUGCUUGAAGCAAACACAACUCUGACAAAUUUGGAUUUGGCUGACAAUAGCAUUGGUCCUGCCGGUGCUGAGUCACUUGCUACAGCACUUAAAACAAACACAACUCUGACAAAUUUGUAUCUGUCUGCGAAUAACAUUGGUCCUACUGGUGCUGAGUCACUUGCUAAAGCGCUGAAAACAACAACAACUCUGACAAAUUUGUAUCUGUCUAGCAAUAACAUUGGUCCUGAUGGCGCUGAGUCACUUGCUACAGCGCUUAAAACAAACACAACUCUCACAAAUUUGGAUCUCCGCGGCAAUAACAUUGAUCCUGCUGGCGCUGAGUCACUUGCUACAGCAUUUAAAACAAACACUACUCUGACAAAUUUGGAUCUGUCUUAUGACAAUAACAUUGGUCCUGCCGGUGCUGAGUCACUUGCUACAGCGCUUAAAACAAACACAACUCUGACAAAUUUGGAUCUGUCUAGCAAUAACGUUGGUCCUGAUGGCGCUGAGUCACUUGCUAAAGCGCUUAAAACAAACACAACUCUGACAAAUUUGCAUCUGUCUGGCAGUAACGUUGGUCCUGCCGGUGCUGAGUCACUUGCUACAGCACUUAAAACAAACCCAACACUGACAAAUUUGGAUCUCCGGGGAAAUAACAUUGGUCCUGCCGGUGCUCAGUCACUUGCUAUAGCGCUUAAAACAAACACAGCUCUGACAAAUUUGGAUCUUCGGGGCAAUAACAUUGGUCGUGCCGGUGCUCAGUCACUUGCUACAGCGCUUAAAACAAACACAACUGUGACAAAUUUGGAUCUCCGGGGCAAUAACAUUGGUCCUGCCGGUGCUGAGUCACUUGCUACAGCGCUUAAAACAAACACAACUCUGACAAAUUUGUAUCUGUCUGGCAAUAAUGUUGGUCCUGCCGGUGCUGAGUCACUUUCUACAGCGCUUAAAACAAACACAGCUCUGACAAAUUUGGAUCUCCGGGGCAAUAACAUUGGUCCUGCCGGUGCUGAGUCACUUGCUACAGUGCUUAAAACAAACACAACUCUGACAAAAUUGCAUCUGUCUGUUAAUAACAUUGGUCCUGCCGGUGCUGAGUCACUUGCUACAGCGCUUAAAACAAACAUAACUCUGAAGCAAUUAAUUUUGGGGCAUGGUAAUAACAUCAGUGCAUCU